AUGAACCCGCUCAGAUCAGCUUCACAUGCGCAACGUGUCCACUCGCAAUUUUCGCCCUUGAUUGCGACUGCCUGGUCGCUUUCAGCUCGCCACCUGCCAAAUGCGAAGCCCUGGAGCGAUAACAAGCCCACGUGCUCUGAGCCGCAAGUCCAGAACUGCGCCAUCGGAGCGUCGUACCGUAAACUGGCAGCUCCUAGCACGCGGUUUGAGGGGUCAACCGGAACCGGUGGAAAAUUAAGGGCCGGCAAGCCUGUGAACGCUUCAUCAGCACGCGUCCAGUUCCCCUUGAUGGGUAGGAAUCAGCGCAAGACCGGGAACCUGGUUUCGCGGCGAAUACGAGGAUCGCUCAAUCUAUUGUUGGCUGUUGAUUCGCUGCAUCUGUACUACUGUGCCAUACCAAGCUCCCAACGCGCCAAGGUGUGUAUAGUGUAUCGAUAUUCGCACGAGGUGCAGGCUGGUGGUACUGCUUUUCUAGAAGCAAUCUCUGGCUAUUUCCGUAUCCAAGGGGCGCACGAGCAAUUUGAGCAUCACUCUAGCCUUGUCGAUGUCGUGGAAGGGCCAUGA